AAUUCUGAUCUGUGUUUAUUAUUUUCAGAUCAAUUUAAUUCAAAGAUGUCCUACCCAACAACUCUAGGGCAAAUUGGUGGAAGGGGAGGUAGUCCAUUUUCAUUAACUGGUGAGAACAAUGGUGCCAGUUUAGAGAAGAUCUGGGUUUGGGUUGGAGGAUGGCAGGUGAAGGCUGUCAGGGUUUGGCUUUCAGAUGGGAGAGAUCAAACUUUUGGACAACCAUUUGGAAAUUAUCAAGAGUUCAAGUUCCAGCCUGGUGAGUGUUUCACCUCACUGUCCUUGUGGGGGAACGGAGCAGGAUCACGUCUUGGAGCUAUCAAAUUCAGAACCAGUCUUGGGAGAGAAUUCUUUGCAAAGAUGACAAUCUGUGGUUUAACUACAGAAAAUCACAUGGAUGUCGGCUCUGGAUAUUGUUUGAAAGUUGUAGGAAGAUCUGGUGCCGACAUUGACUGCAUGGGAUUCAUGUUUCUCAAUGCAGUUGAAUCAGCAGUUCUCACCAAUGUCAACUAUCCCACUAUCAACCAACUGAUACCAAAGGUGGCAACAGAAACAAUCAAAACCCUCUCUUACAAGAACAGCUCCUCCGUCACUCAAGAACAAAGAGUUGAAUCCUCAAAGACAAUAACCAACAAAUCUUCAUGGUCUAUUAGAGCAAGUUUGAAAACAGUAUUUAAUAUGGAAGUUAAGGCUGCGAUUCCACAGAUUGCAGACGUUACAGGAGGAUACCAAGUCGAAGUUGGACUUGAAAGCACUUACAGUCAGGAGCAGACAGAUGAGAGAACCGAAACUCUGUCUACUGAUGUCGAUGUGCCACCAGGGAAGAAGGUGGAUGUUAACGUCACCAUUGGAAGAGCCAAUUUUGACCUGCCUUACACUGGCACAGUGCAGAUCACCUGCACGAAUGGCAGUGUGUUACAGUACGAAACCAAGGGCACAUACAAAGGCGUCACUUACACUGAUAUCAAAGUGGAGACUAAGGAAUCUCCUCUGUAAUGUUAAGACAGAUUGCACAUGUAGCACAAGUUAUUUGAUUACUUCUAAUUUUG